AUGGAAUCCAUAUCCGAGAGCUUAGAGACUGAGUCAGAAGAGUCUCUGGCCAUCCAAGAGCACUAUACAGACUUUAGCCUUGAUUGUCACAUUGCAGACAUGGGAUAUGCUGCCAGUGAGCUUUCUGAAGACUCAAGGCUUGGUGAUGUUCCAUCAGAUGAAGCAAAAACAGUCAUGGAGAGAUGGUUAAAGCUUGGAAAGGAUAUCUUAAAGAGGCUGGUGGAGAGACAGGUUGAAAGGCCAGGGAUAGAAAAGACAACAGUGAGAGGAAAAUAUUUCAAGACAUGCCCACUUGGCUCAGAACCUUCAGAGCAUACACAGUGUUUACAUCAUGCCCAGGAGAAGAACAUGAAGCAGCAUGGGACCAGGUUGAUGGACUGGCUAAGAACAAAAACAACACAUCAGGAUUCACCCCUACAGCCAAGCACAUCUUCCUCAUCAAAGAUCAUCAUUAUUGACAUUGCUGAUUCAGACUCAUCAUGCAGUAUCCCACCUGAUGAGUCCAUUACCUCUUCAUCCACCUCUGCUCAAAUGUGGUCACUUCCAGACUCUGUUGAUGCCAUUCUCAUGGAUGUUGAUGAUGAGAUUUCAGAUAUGCCUGCAGGUGCACUGGAGAUGAAGGUGGAAGAUGAUGAGACUCUGGCAUGGAGAGGGCGAGGGUUCAAGCCAACAAAGAUUGCUAACCAGGUCCUUCGAGGAUGCCUCAAGUUGAUGCUUCAGUUUUUACAACUGUACACAUUGCAGGAGUAUAUAGGCUGGACUGCUGCCUCAGACCUUGUGGCAUCACACUAUGGAAAGCACAACAGCUUUAUUCUUGAGGAUGAAGAUCUCGCCAAUAAGAUCCAUCUGCAUCUGCAAGGUCUGGGAAAGUACAUCAAAGCCCAGGACAUCAUUAAUUACCUGGCACAGCCAUCUGUCCAAGCUUGA